UAGUAAAUUGAAAUCAGACAACAAAUAGGCAAAACAAAAGUGCUCUCUUUCUCUCCCUGUCACGGAUCAAGCCACUCCAUCUCCUAGUUCAAAACCCUAACUCACCACCUCUCUCUCUCUCAAACCCAAGUAAAAGUAUUCAACAAAAAUACCCUUUUGAAAGAAAUCAAGAUUGGGCCAAAGGGCUCAAGGUAAUGGAAGAUCGAGGUGACGCGGGGAGACCUAGAUCUGAUUCCAAGUUGGCUGGUGAGAAGCGAACAGGUGGUGAGUUGAAAGAGAAACCAGAAGUUGCUCGAAAAAAGAUUAAAAUGCGUGAGCUUGAAUCUCUGCUGGGGUCUGAAGAAGCAAGCUCCAGUCGCUUGAAAAACAAAGAAGACAGUGACCACUUUCAGCUUAGUGAACAGAUGUCCCAAGUUACGAGUGUGCCUGUAACCUUGGACCUUGAUGCAUAUCAAGUAGAAAGACGUGGAAGGACCACAUUAUCAGUUGAGUUCACUGCUGCUUCUAGGCCACUUGAUCUUAAUAGUGAAGCUUGCAUUGCUAAUAAUUUGGUGAGAAAUGAUAUUGCAGAACAUGCUGAUAACUGUAAUGAAGUCCCCUUGCUCAAGAAGCAUGAGGACAAACAUGGCAAUAAAUGUGUAACCUCUGUUGGCAUUGGUUUGGAUCUGAAUGCAGAGGAUGAUAGCUCUGUGAGCCAGGAGCUGUUCCGAACUAACAAGGAUCAGGAUAAGUCAAGGGAUGUUUCUGAGUGUGGUAGUACUACUGGUCCAGUGCAGGAAAAAGAUCCAUUAAGAAUGUGGAAGGAGGUGAAGCAAAAUGGUUUCCUCUCAUCUUCACAUGGAGGGAUUUCAAUUCAAAGUGGUUUUAUGUCAUCUUCUCAUGGAGGGAUACCGAUGCCAAAGCAAUGUGGGAGGAAACCUGAAGAUGACGUUCACAAGAAAAAGAUGGAACUUGCAAAGAGAGAGCAGGUUGAUAGGCUUGCAAAGAGAGAGCAGGUUGAUAGGCUUGCAAAGAUUGCUGCUCCAAGUGGACUGCUAAAUGGCUUGAACCCUGGGAUCAUAAACCAUGUGAGAAACAAAAAGCAAGUCCAUUCCAUAAUAGAGGCCCUGGUGAGGUCUGAAAAACUCGAAAAUGGUUGUCUUGAAAGUAAACAAGCAAUCCAUCUAAAAUCUGGAACUAAAGAAACCAAUAAUAUGAGUGAUUCUGGAAUACAACGACUCGGUUUUUCUCAUGGAGAUGGGAGUUUGACUUCUUUAAUUGGGAGCAAGCAAACAAGUGGGUGCUCGAUGUCCAAUGGGCAGGGUGAUUUCAACGUAGUAGGCACAGUACAUGCCAGAAAUUUCGUUUCAUACUCCGGUGUCAGCAAAGAUUAUGUAUUGGCAUUGAAGUUGUCUUCAUCAACUAGUGCCUUGGAGGAGUCUAGAACGGUUCUGAAUGAGGAAUCAGCAAACAGCACCAAUGUUUGUUGUCUUUCUGUGAGAGCGGCUUCAGUCUCUUCUCAAUGGUUGGAACUGCUUCAUCAAGACAUUAAAGGACGAAUAGCAGCAUUGCGCCGAAGCAGGAAGAGAGUCCGAGCUGUGAUUACUACCGAGUUACAUUUUUUAAUAUCAAAAGAGUUCUCGGCUAUUGAAGUGGACAGUUCUUAUAUUAUGCAAAGUUCUUCAGAAGUAGUGUCCAAUAAUACAACAGCUGCCCUGCAUCAAGCGAGAUGGAGACCAUUGUUUGAUCAGUUGGAUAAAGCACUUUAUGAAGAAGAGAAACAACUUGAAAGAUGGUUGUGCCAAGUAAAAGAAAUGCAAGUGCACUUUGAUCAGGGACUGCAACAUUUGAGCUAUAAAGCAAUUUUAGGUUACCCCAGGACUGAGAAAGCUGAUAGCUUGCAGAAGGAAUUGGCGGUCAGAGCUGCUGCAGCUUCCAUCUAUUCAACAUGCAAUUUCCUGACUUCAAAGGAGAACGUAUCUUGUUUCUGAUCUUAUGAACAAAAGUGUCUUCCUCCUGUCUAUUUUACGGUGUUGAAUUCCCAAAUAUUAGCAAUUUACUGAUCAGUUCUUUAGCCUUGGCAAAUCUAUAACAUUAAUGCGCCCCCCCCCUCAGAAUUAUCGUAGUGUAGAUUGUUAUAACUUAUAACCCUGGUCGAUAAAGGAUGUUGAAAAUUAUCAAUCAUGGACACUAUCAGGUACUUUGAUGUAUUUUUCUCUUGGCCUAGUUUCGAGUGUAGUAUGAAAUUGGAUCUCAUUUUUCAUGAAA